GGAGCCCUAAAGCCUUCGUUUCUUUCAUUCUCCGACGGUUACCCUUCACCUCCGGCAACGCCCUCCCACUCUCUUAAACCAUUAAUUGCCAACGAUGAGUACCCGAUGCCCUAAGCCCUCAUCAUCACCGCACCUCCUCUGCCAUCAUCUCCUCACUUCUCAGAUAUUGGGCAUCUGUUACGAUCACGAAUGAGGCUCAUUGACGAAGACCUGGACUUCUUAUUCCACAUGUUUUUCCUUGCUCGAUACUGCAAGCUUCUUGAGGAGAACUCAUUCAGGGGAUGGACUGCAGAUUUCUUGUACUCUCCGCUGCCUAUUUACCAUGGUGAUCAAACCCAUGCUGUCUUGACAAGUGCAGCCUUUGUUCAUUUAAAGCAAGCAGAAAUUACUAAGUAUACUCGGAAGCUAUCUCCUGCAAGUCGAGCCAUUCUACUCUCAGGCCCUGCAGAACUAUAUCAACAGAUGCUUGCAAAGGCACUAGCGCAUCACUUUGAGGCCAAACUAUUGUUGCCAGAUAUAACUGACUUCUCUCUCAAGAUGCAGAGCAAAUAUGGUCAUGGCAAUAAAGAUUCACUUCUCAAAAGAUCCAUAUCGGAGGCAGCAAUUGAGAGAAUGUCUUGUCUAUUUGAAUCCUUUUCCCUUCUUUCUCCAACGGAGGAACCUAAAGGUUUAGUUCUUUUAGGUACUGGUCAGAGGGAGAAUUGCCUUCUAGAUCAAAUUGCCUUCUAG